AUGGAAGCCAAGUCAACUGAUAUUCCCAUAGAGACCAACUCGAUGCUAGAUUCUGAUAGAUAUGUUCCAGAUAUAACUGAUGCAAGUGUUAAGAUUUAUGCAAGAUUCCAUGGUUGUCCAAUGGAAUCAGAUUUGACUGUUGCUCAAAGAAUCAUGAGACAUUUGAAGAAGACAGGGACUUGGAAAAGGGAGGUCAGGACAGAUAUAGACAAUCACAUUCAACCUACAGAAAGGGACCUGGCUGAUGUGUGUUACGCUUACCAAAUAAUGAAGGCUGGUGGUCUUCAGGAUGAGAACAUCACUGUAUUCAUGUACAAUGAUAUUGCUAACAAUACAGAAAACCCUAGACCUGGUGUCAUCAUCAAUAACCUACAUGGCCAUGAUGUUUACAAAGGUGUCCCAAAGGAUUAUGUAGGUGAAGAUGCUAAUGCUAACAACGUUUACAAUGUCAUCCUUGCAAACAAAAGUGGUGUUGUUGGAGGAAGUGGGAAUGUUUUGAAGAGUGGCCCAUAUGACCAUAUCUUCAUAUACUAUACUGAUCAUGGUACCGCUGGAUUUAUUACAAUGCCAAGUGGAGAAUCGAUUUACACAGAUGAUCUAUUUAAAGUGUUGAAAAAGAAGCAUGCUUCAGGGACGUAUGACAGUCUAGUGUUUUACCUAGAAGCCUAUGAGUCUGGAAGCAUGUUUUGGCACAUACUGUGGCGAUGUGAUGUACAAGAUCGAAAAACUAACACCUUGCAUGGGCAGUAUAGUCGAGUUGCAAAAAGAGUUAAUGUCAACUUAACAUAUCCAAACUAUUGCUCCAAUGUCCAAGGGUAUGGUGAUAAAGUGGUGAGAUUUGAUCCUUUUGGCGCGUAUAUGGGUGAAACUUCCAAAAAUAACAGUCAUGACUCUCUGGAUGCAAAGUCAUUCCCGACAUCAUCAUUAAGGAAUAUGGAUCAGUGCAAGUACUAA